AUGGCUUCCAAUGCAUUCUCUCCAGUUUCUCCACCAGUUUUCACUGGUGAAACUGCACACUAUCAUACAUGGGCAGUUAGAAUGUCUGCUUAUUUGCAAGCUGUGGACCUCUGGGAGGCAGUCGAGGAAGACUAUGAAAUUGACCCAUUACCUGACAAUCCCACUGUGCAGCAAAUUAAGGUUCACAAGGAGAGAAGAACUAAGAAGUUCAAGGCCAAAUCAUGCCUCCAUUCAGCAGUGUCUGAAGCAUUAUUUACCAAGAUCAUGAACUUGAAGUCAGCUUUUGAAAUCUGGCAGUAUCUCAGGGAGGAGUUUCAAGGCAACGCGAGAACAAGAAGUACGCAGGUGUUAAAUCUCAUAAGGGAAUUCGAGCUCCAGAAGAUGAAAGAAUCUGAGACUGUCAAGGAGUAUGUAGACAGGCUUUUGAGCAUUGUUAACCGAGUGAAGCUUCUUGGAGAGCAGUUUUCUGACAGAAAGAUUGUGGAGAAAAUUCUGGGGACCUUACUUGAGAAGCUUGAAGCCAAGAUAUCUGCUUUGGAGGAGUCUAGAGAUCUUGCAGAGAUCUCAUUGGCAGAACUUUUAAAUGCUUUGCAGGCACAAGAGCAAAGGAGACAAAUUAGAGAGGAGGGGUCUAUUGAAGGUGCUUUACAAGCAAAGUUGCAAAUCUAUAAAAGUGGUAAAGACAAGAAGACAAAAUGGAGGAAACACAAAGGUGCUGGAGCCAACAGCAGUAAUGGGAAUGCAGGUGCUCAAAACAACAACGGUAAUGCUGGAAGGUUUCCUUCAUGUCCUCACUGUGGAAUGACUAAUCACUCUCAGAAUAGGUGUUGGAGUAGGCCUGAUGUUAAGUGCAAUAGAUGCAAUCAAAUGGGCCAUGUAGAAAGAAUUUGCAAGAGCAGAAGUAACCAGUAG